GUGCUGUGUCAGACGGUGACACUGUGCCUCAGCUUAUAUGUCUGUGUCCACUGGAAAUAGCCCCUUCCCAGUACGCUCUGUCUGUUCAAACUACUGUUGCAGCAAUGAGAGCAGGAUAAAUCUACGCAACCAACCUCAUCAUCAUCAGUGUUUGUAAUCCAGUCAAGUAUGGAUUUUUGACAGAGAUGGAGUCUUGAGAAGUUCCUUUGAAUAAUGGUGCUUGGAAAAGCCAUAAACAUGAGCUUGAUGGACAUAUCAAAGAUUUUCUCCAUGCUCCACCCCAAAGAGGAGGAGGAUGAGGAAGAUACUGCCGAGAGCCGGCUGCUUAACCAAUCCGUCUCCAACGAUGAUGCUGGACUCCUCGCUGAGCUGCUGUCCCAGGAGAAGUACAGGAAGUUCAUCAACAGCCGGACGGGCUGGGGGGUUCCUGGUACCCCUCUCCGGACAGCGGCAACUCAGGGCCACCUCCGGUGCCUGGAAGUCCUCCUGGCCCAUGGCGCAGAGGUAGACAGCCUGGACGUGAAGGCCCAGACCCCGCUCUUCACUGCCGUCAGCGGGAAGCACUUGGACUGCGUGGUGGCGCUCCUGAAAGCUGGGGCUGAUCCCAAUGGCAGCGUGUACAACAACUGCUCUCCAGUACUCACGGCUGCCCGUGAGGGGGAUGUGGACAUCCUGAGAGAGCUCCUCCAGCAUGGGGCUGAGGUCAAUGUCCGGCCAAAGGUACCCGAGUGGGCAACCAAUGCCACAGCCUGUACUGGCCCCCUGUACCUCUCUGCAGUUUAUGGACACCUUGACUGCUUCAAGCUGCUCCUCCUUCAUGGCAGCGAUCCAAAUUUCAACUGCAUCGAGGAGAAGAUGCUUGCCAGAAUCAAACAGCCUAAGACCGUGCUGGAGAUGUGCCUCAGGUACGGCUGUGGUAUAGAGUAUAUCCAGCUGCUGAUAGACUUUGGGGCAAAUGUCUACCUGCCCACUCUCAUUAUAGACAAAACCACCAAGCAAAAUGAAGCCGUGCUGCUGCUACUCAAAGAAAGAGUUUGCCCCAAAUCACUGAUGUCUCAGACACGGCUGGCAAUCCGAAGCUAUCUACGUACAGCAAACAAAAUGCGUUCCAUCGAUCUUCUGGAUAUCCCCCCAGUACUGAGGAACUACCUGAAACAUGUCACAUGAUGUCACUUGCAGUAACGCUAGUAUGAGGACCUCCUCACACUUGCAAAUGACACUGAGCACAAACUACUUUCUUUCUGUUUUUCUUUGAAAUAUGUAGAUAUAUAUCAUGAUUCAUAUUUUUUGCUCUGUAGAAACCUAAACAAGCGUCCACCUCAAGCUAAAUUAGUCAAAUUUUUACUCUGUUGACGGCUGGAUAUUUUCUGUCUCUGUAAAUCUCCUUCAAAGGCACAUCUGAACUUCCAACCAUCUGUUUAUGGACCAGGUACAAAUAAAUAGAUUUUCAUUCUUUUUUUUUUUUUUUACCAUUUAACAGUAGAUAAUUGUUAAUAUAAUUAAAUUCCAUAUACAUUGCCAUUAAUUGAGGUUUAACCAAUCAUUGUUAGUUAUCAUGGUGGAUUAAGGGUUUUUUGAGUCACAAAAAAUUGCUUUAAUGAAAUCAUGAAGUGGAGCUGCAUGUAAUCAUGUACUGUAUUUGAGAUUAUGUAUUUUAAAUAAGAUUUUAUUGAUAUUGUAUCACUUAAAUUAAAAAAAAUGCGCAGUUUUUUU